GGACCGUAAGUGGCGACUAUGGGCAGACUGGGUUAUUGGACCCUGCUGGUGCUGCCGGCCCUUCUGGUCUGGCGCGGUCCGGCGCAGGGCGCGGCGGCGGAGAAGGGUCCCCCGGCGCUGAACAUCGCAGUGCUGCUGGGUCACAGCCACGACGUGACGGAGCGUGAACUGCGAAACCUCUGGGGCCCUGAGCAGGCAGCAGGGCUGCCCCUGGACCUGAACGUCGUAGCACUGCUGAUGAACCGCACGGACCCGAAGAGCCUCAUCACGCACGUGUGUGACCUCAUGUCAGGGGCGCGCAUCCACGGCCUGGUGUUUGGGGACGAUACCGACCAGGAGGCUGUGGCCCAGAUGCUGGAUUUUAUCUCCUCGCAGACUUUCAUCCCCAUCCUGGGCAUCCACGGGGGCUCAUCUAUGAUCAUGGCUGACAAGGAUCCAACGUCUACCUUCUUCCAGUUUGGAGCGUCCAUCCAGCAGCAAGUCACCGUCAUGCUGAAGAUCAUGCAGGAUUAUGACUGGCAUGUUUUCUCCCUGGUGACCACCAUCUUCCCUGGCUACAGGGACUUCAUCAGCUUCAUCAAGACCACGGUGGACAACAGCUUUGUGGGCUGGGACAUGCAGAACGUAAUCACACUGGACACGUCCUUCGAGGAUGCAAAGACACAAGUCCAGUUGAAGAAGAUCCACUCCUCCGUCAUCUUGCUCUACUGUUCCAAAGACGAGGCCGUCCUCAUCCUGAGUGAGGCCCGCUCCCUUGGCCUCACUGGGUACGAUUUCUUCUGGAUCGUCCCCAGCUUGGUCUCGGGGAAUACGGAGCUCAUCCCCAAAGAGUUUCCAUCGGGACUUAUUUCUGUCUCCUACGAUGACUGGGACUACAGCCUGGAGGAAAGGGUGAGGGACGGCCUGGGCAUCCUGACCACUGCUGCAUCUUCCAUGUUGGACAAGUUCUCCUACAUCCCCGAGGCCAAGGCCAGCUGCUACGGGCAGAUGGAGAAGCCAGAGGUCCCACUGCACACGCUGCACCAAUUUAUGGUCAAUGUGACAUGGGAUGGCAAAGACUUGUCCUUCACUGAGGAAGGCUAUCAGGUGCACCCCAGGCUGGUGGUCAUCGUGCUGAACAAGGACCGCGAAUGGGAAAAGGUGGGCAAGUGGGAGAACCACACCCUGAGCCUGAGGCACGCCGUGUGGCCCAGGUACAAGUCCUUUUCAGACUGUGAGCCAGACGACAACCAUCUGAGCAUCGUCACACUGGAGGAGGCCCCCUUUGUCAUCGUGGAAGACAUAGACCCGCUGACUGAGACGUGUGUGAGGAACACUGUGCCAUGUCGGAAGUUCAUCAGAAUCAACAAUUCAACCAAUGAGGGCAUGAAUGUUAAAAAAUGCUGCAAGGGGUUCUGCAUUGAUAUCCUAAAGAAGCUUUCGAGAACAGUGAAGUUUACCUAUGACCUUUACCUGGUGACUAAUGGGAAGCAUGGCAAGAAAGUUAACAAUGUGUGGAAUGGAAUGAUUGGUGAGGUGGUUUAUCAACGGGCAGUCAUGGCAGUUGGCUCACUCACCAUCAAUGAGGAACGUUCUGAAGUGGUGGACUUCUCUGUGCCCUUUGUGGAGACGGGAAUCAGUGUCAUGGUUUCAAGAAGCAAUGGCACUGUAUCACCUUCUGCUUUUCUAGAACCAUUCAGCGCCUCCGUCUGGGUGAUGAUGUUUGUGAUGCUGCUCAUUGUAUCCGCCAUAGCUGUUUUCGUAUUUGAAUACUUCAGUCCUGUUGGAUACAACAGAAACUUAGCCAAAGGGAAAGCACCCCAUGGGCCUUCUUUUACUAUUGGAAAAGCUAUAUGGCUUCUUUGGGGCCUGGUGUUUAACAACUCCGUGCCUGUCCAGAAUCCUAAAGGGACCACCAGCAAGAUCAUGGUGUCCGUGUGGGCCUUCUUUGCCGUCAUAUUCCUGGCCAGCUACACGGCUAAUCUGGCUGCUUUCAUGAUCCAGGAGGAGUUUGUGGACCAAGUGACUGGCCUCAGUGACAAAAAGUUUCAGAGACCUCACGACUAUUCCCCUCCCUUUCGAUUUGGCACGGUGCCCAACGGCAGUACGGAGAGAAACAUUCGGAACAACUACCCCUACAUGCAUCAGUACAUGACCAAAUUUAAUCAGAAGGGAGUAGAGGACGCCUUGGUCAGCUUGAAAACAGGGAAACUGGAUGCUUUCAUCUAUGAUGCUGCGGUCUUGAAUUACAAGGCUGGGAGGGACGAAGGCUGCAAGCUGGUGACCAUCGGAAGUGGGUACAUCUUUGCCACCACUGGUUAUGGAAUUGCCCUCCAGAAAGGCUCCCGUUGGAAGAGGCAGAUUGACCUGGCCCUGCUCCAGUUUGUGGGUGAUGGGGAGAUGGAAGAGCUGGAGACCCUGUGGCUCACGGGGAUCUGCCACAACGAGAAGAACGAGGUGAUGAGCAGCCAGCUGGACGUCGACAACAUGGCGGGUGUGUUCUACAUGCUGGCGGCCGCCAUGGCCCUCAGCCUCAUCACCUUCAUCUGGGAACACCUCUUCUACUGGAAGCUGCGCUUCUGCUUCACGGGCGUGUGCUCCGACCGGCCGGGCCUGCUCUUCUCCAUCAGCAGGGGCAUUUACAGCUGCAUUCACGGGGUGCACAUUGAAGAAAAGAAGAAGUCUCCAGACUUCAAUCUGACCGGAUCCCAGAGCAACAUGUUAAAACUCCUUCGGUCAGCCAAAAACAUUUCCAACUUGUCCAACGUGAACUCCUCAAGAAUGGAUUCCCCCAAAAGAGCUGCUGACUUCAUUCAAAGAGGAUCCCUCAUCAUGGACAUGGUUUCAGAUAAGGGAAACUUGGUAUAUUCAGACAACAGGUCCUUUCAGGGGAAAGAGAGCAUUUUUGGGGACAACAUGAAUGAACUGCAAACCUUCAUGGCCAACAGGCACAAGGAUAACCUCAACAACUAUGUGUUCCAGGGCCAGCACCCUCUGACUCUCAAUGAGUCUAACCCUAACACAGUGGAGGUGGCCGUGAGCACGGAAUCCAAAGGGAACUCCAGGCCCCGGCAGCUUUGGAAGAAAUCCAUGGAAUCUCUACGCCAAGAUUCGCUGACCCAGAACCCAGUCUCCCAGAGGGAUGAGGGAACCGUGGAGAACAGGAGCUACUCCCUAAAGAGUCCUAGGUACCUUCCAGAAGAGGUGGCCCACUCGGACAUCUCAGAAACUUCGAGCCGGGCCACGUGCCACCGGGAGCCUGACAACAGUAAGAACCACAAGGCCAAGGACAACUUCAAAAGGUCAGUGGCCUCCAAGUACCCCAAGGACUGCAGCGAGGUCGAGCGCUCCUACCUGAAAACCAAAGCGAGCUCCCCCAGGGACAAGAUCUACACCAUUGAUGGGGAGAGGGAGGCCAGUUUCCACCUCGAUCCUCCCCAGUUUGCCGAAAACGUGGCCCUUCCCGAGAACGUGGACUUCUCCAAUGUCUACCAGGACCAUAGUGACAGUUUCCGCAAGGGGGACUCCACACUGCCCAUGAACAGGAGUCCCCUGCACGAUGAAGAUGGGCUCCCCAACAAUGACCAGUAUAAACUCUACUCCAAGCACUUCACCUUGAAAGACAAGAGUUCCCCUCACAGCGAGGGCAGCGACCGGUACCGGCAGAACUCCACGCACUGCAGGAGCUGCCUGUCCAACCUGCCCACCUAUUCAGGCCACUUCACCAUGAGGUCCCCCUUCAAAUGCGACUCCUGCCUGCGGAUGGGGAACCUCUAUGACAUUGACGAAGACCAGAUGCUUCAGGAGACAGGUAACCCAGCUACCCAGGAGGAGGUCUACCAGCAGGACUGGGCACAGAGCAGCGCCCUCCAGUUCCAAAAGAACAAGCUGAGGAUUAGCCGGCAGCAUUCCUACGAUAACAUCCUCGACAAACCCAGGGAGUUGGACCUUAGCAGGCCCUCCCGGAGCAUAAGCCUCAAGGACAGGGAGCGGCUUCUGGAGGGAAACUUGUACGGGAGUCUCUUUAGUGUCCCCGCCAGCAAACUCUCGGGGAACAAAGGCUCCCUUUUCCCCCAGGGUCUGGAGGUCAGCAAACGGAGCAAGUCUCUCUUGCCAGACCACACCUCCGAUAACCCUUUCCUCCACUCCUAUGGGGAUGACCAACGCUUAGUUAUUGGGAGGUGCCCCUCGGACCCUUAUAAACACUCGCUGCCAUCCCAGGCAGUGAAUGACAGCUAUCUCCGAUCGUCCUUGAGGUCGACGGCAUCAUACUGUUCCAGGGACAGUAGAGGCCACAGCGAUGUGUAUAUUUCGGAGCAUGUUAUGCCUUAUGCUGCAAAUAAGAAUAAAAUGUACUCUGCCCCCAGGGUUUUAAAUUCCUGCAGCAAUAGACGCGUGUACAAGAAAAUGCCUAGUAUUGAAUCCGAUGUUUAAAACCUUCCAUUAAUGUUUUAUCUAUAGGGAAACAUAGUUAAUGGCCAACGUUCCGGAGGAUAAAUGUUGGAUGUCCAAUAGUGCCCUGCAAGAGCAAGAGGAUUUAGGAAGGUAUUUUUCUGUUGGUUCUUUUGCACAUGGCUCCAUGCCACAGUCUUCCACUCAAGGAAUCUUGUGAGGUGUGUGCUGAGCGUGGCAGAUACCAGAUAGGUGAGUCCUUAACCAAAAAUCAACCACUAAAAGGGCAAGUCUCCUGGACAUGCCCGCUAGGUAUGUUGGCAAUAAUGACGCGUUGGAUGCCAAUGGUGAUGUGAUGAUUUCCUAUAUUCCAAAUUCCAUUAAGGCCAGUCCACCAUGUAAUUUCCUCAUCAGAAAUGCCUAAUGGUUUCUCUAAUACAGAGUAAGCAAUAUGGUAUGCAUGUAAAUCUGACACAGACAAAACAAGAAUGCAUCUGCACUGUAGCGAGAUUGACACGUGCAAGAGAUUAGGACGUUUGGAUUUAUAACUGGUCCAGCUUUAUUGUUAUGCCUUCCAUCACAGCCCCGGCCCAGCCCCAGAACUCCAGGCUCCCCCAAGGAGUAGCAAAUCAGUGUGUUUGUGGUCACUCUGCUAGCUUCACUGUAGUCCAUUUCCAAGACACAUCUGGAGUAAAAGGCCAGAAGGGCCCUCAGGCAGAGAGCUACCGGAAUCCCUUUGGAUGUCGAUUUGUGUAUUUCACAGACACUCUCUCACCCUUGGCUUCGAUGGUCUUGUUCAGAGCUGCAUAAACUCACACAUUUGUGUCUUCAAUAUCGUGUAAGUGUGGACCUUCUGUCUAUGACACAGCGGCCGUUGUAGUUUAUCCCGAAGACUCCUGUGUACGUAAGUUUGCAUUUCCCCCUUCUGGUGAUGACUCAGGGUUGUAUAGUAUCUGUUACCCUUCCCCCGCAGAGUAACCAUCACUCGUUCAGUCCCCGAAUCGCCAUGGUGGCGUUUCAUUGCGUGUUGCUCUUCCCAGUGUGGUGAAUGUGGUGGCAUGUGCCAGCAGCCAUAUGUGUACUGCGAUCCUUAAGAAGUAAAAGGCCAUCCGUCUGCUGAAGGCCAGCAUGGCUGUAGGGUGAUCUUCCUUAACGUCCUGAAAUUCAGCUGGACACUCGUCUCCAGCCCCACUUCCUUAAAUCAAAAGCCUUCAAAACAUGAGAGACACUCAUGCAUCUACCCUGAGCAGCCUCCAAAUUGUGGAUAAACUUUAGUGGGACAAGUGAUUUCUCUCUUCUGAAAUAGUCACUCUGUUGGAGGCAAACUGCCUCACUAGCACCAACGGGAGAUGAAAAAUUCCUCGAAGCAUUUGUCAUUUCCGAGUCACCUCCACUCUCACUCUACUCAAACCUGUGCAUAAAUGAUAUGAGGUGAUACUCAUUUUGUAAACCUUGGGGGAAGGGUAGGGAAUCUUUAUGCGUGAGAAGCUCUUAGCACAGUGCCUGGUACAUGCAGUGUGGCCCCCCAAAAUUAAGGCAGUUGUUAUGAUACUUCAUCAGACAAGAAUUUUCUAGUUUAAAAAUUAAAUAUGAUAAAACCCACAGCCAUAUUAAUUGAACACUUUAUAUCGUUCUAAUCCAAUAAUUAGUGUGUUUUAAAUACAUGAAUAUCCCUGAAAUGCUUGGGCUAAGUAGCCACCCAUUUCGCAGGGCACCUGGAUCUGUUGUGGUGUCAUGUUACAGAAGCCCUAGGCUAAUGUAAACGAGCCUGACCAUUUCCUGGUUUGCUCCUGCGUUUUGCUCGGGUUCCCAGAGGAGGGGACAGAAUGGCAGGUUGAAAAGUUAUCCUGUUUCUUUUAGUCAUGCUGUGUUCUGUUUCGUAGGCAGUGCUUUCCCAUGAGUGGGCAGGUGCCAGGAAUAAUUCUCUUAGAGCUUGAGGAUUCACUGAGUGGCUCCCUCUUUGAGAAAGUGCACCUGACCUACAAUAUUCCUCUAAUGAUGAAAAGUGGUUGCGGUAAAGUUCAGGGUCAGUGGUAGAGAGGCGGAGGGAGGCAGUGGGUGAGAAAGUCUUUGAGGUCGAGAGGCAGAAGGGGCCAACCAGGUGCUGAGGAGGAGCGCGCCUGCAUGUUGCGUUUUAUUUCUUGGGUGUUCCACCUUUACUGCCUCAAGAGAAUGGAGAAGCCUGGAUUGAAAGGCCCGGAAUAGUCCCCCCAGUUUCUAAUCUUAGACACACCUGUGACCAUAUCAUUGUUUAGAAUUGACUGCCUUUGCCCUUCCACUGCAUUCUAGACCUAUACAGCCCCAGCCGGGAUCACCUCCAUUUCCUCACAAGACUGGCAUGUCUUGACAUGAAAUGAAUUGAAAAGUCUCCCCAGAAUACAGAAGAGCAGUACAUCGCCAGCCUAAAGAGGCUGUCUGUCUUCCUCCAGUGUCCUCCAAACCAGGGAGCUGCCAAAUAUGGCAGAGAUCUCCAGGGAGGGUGAGAAUUACACUUGGAAUGACCCCAUAGAUCAAAAACCCUUCUAAUACCAGCAUUCGUUCUGCUAUGAGCCCCGUGCCUCCCUGGGUAUAGAAACUAAAAACAUGGCUUUGGGAAGAACCGACAGUAAUGUAGUGGGAAAAAGUAUACACUUCCUUUAAUGCCUAAAGUGUUUUAAAAAAAAUAACUAGGAUUGGAUGCUAUGUAAUAAGUACCAUUUCCUUCCUUCACAAAUUCACUGACUCUUAAUAGUGAUGAUCCCAAACUUCAGACAAUCGACCAUUGAUGAGACGGUCACUUUCCAAGUGAAAGGUAGUGAUGUUGAGCUAUUCAGAGGUAAUCCAAGUCAUUUCAGUUCUUUGGAGAAAGAGUAGCAGGAAUAUAACAUCCAACAGUAAAUCAUACCUACAGUACAGGAGGCGAUAAGAAUUACAUAGGAGGCCCUGAACUAUGGGUUCGUUACAGAGGGUUCCUCUGACACGUCUAGGCUCUGAGUCCUUAGAUUUGUUGAUGCCAAGGAUCCAGAAUCUCUGAACCCAAACGUGUGCCGGAGUUUCCUCUGACUCAAGUCGGAACUGGCAUCCGUAAUGAUAUCGCAUUAACUCCAAAUGGUUUUCUCCCCUUGAGAAGGACCCAACUAGUCCUCAGAUAGGUAACAGUAUGCACAUGCAACCAACUUAAAAUAUUCUGUGUGUGAGGAGAGUCUUCUAGGAUGCGAAUUCUACUCUGAGAAACCUUUGGGUUUUUGGAAAAUUGUUUCCAUUAUCCUUACACCUGCAAGUUCUUAGGCCACCUCUAGUUUUAAUGCUCUGAGAGGGCAGGUCACCAGUGGGUCUACUUUUCUGCCAGUGAGGCUUCAUGAGAGGUGCAGGAUUAUAAUCACCCUACUCAUUACUCUGUGUCCUUUGCAAAUCUCACUGCAUUUUUGUAGCCAGCACUGUCUCAUGGCUUAUACCCGGUUUUCUCUUCCCUGUUUCAUAAGGUGCCUGAGAAGUGUUCAUACGUAGGUUCUCUGAUGAAAGCAUUCAAAUUCACCCAUUGCAGCAAAAUCAGUCAAAUCAAUUCACGCCCAUUUUCAGGGGAGAAAAAAGAAAAUUACACCUUGUUUACAAAUGAAAUAGUUUCACUUAAAUGGGACUCUAGCCAAGGCAGUUAAUUAGUCAAAGGAUCCGCGGCAGUCACGCAGUCGUACAUUGUUGAUUCUGUUUGAUAUGUCUGAUGUGCAGUGGUAAUAUUCUGCAUCUGCAUAUGUCUACCACUGAUGUGUGUUUAAUAUUCUGCAUCCUUCUCAGGAAAUGACAAAUGCCCCGAAUUCUUUGCAGAUGGAAUUGCUAAUGAAAAAGAAAAAAAGUUGGUGUUAAUUAAAUGGUGAUUAAAAAUUUAUCUCCUUUAAACUUAAAAAGUGCAGCCUUAAUAAUCAGUUGUCAUAUAAAUAAAUAGCUUGCACUGAAAUCCCUUGCGGUUUAAGACCUAAAUAAAUACUAAGUUGAGAAACCUAAAUAUCUUUCAGAAGAGCUGAAUAUAUUCAUUAACUUUAUGCAAAUCCUGUACUGUUUCUUUGUGCGUAACUGUUGUGUAUGAAUUCUUAAAAGGGGGACAUGAGUUGUUUCUGAAAUAGAGCCUGUUUGUAUUAAGCACAGCUAGAGUGGACAUAACUGGACUUCAAGGGAAAGACCCACACCAACAAAAACCAAAACUGAACAGGUGAGAGCUAAGCUCAGUGGUUGGUAUUUAAUACGACUUAAAGGCAAUUUUCAUUUGAAAAGCAGUGUUUAUUUUCACUUGAGAUAAAACUAGACCUUUCUGGAUACCCAAUCUUCUCUUGGUAAACAGGGUUGCAAGUGCUUAAUGAGAGGUUACAUGGGGUCUGUACUUGAAAAGUUCUCCCAAUAUGCAGUUGCCCUUUUCCAUUCAAUCCCUUUACAUUAUUCUUUGUUCAUAUCUUAUUGUAUCAGAGGAGGUCAGCUUGCCACUUGGUAGAGAUCAGAGAUGAUCAAAUGCACUUAUCCUGUGAAUAUAAAUGCUCAUGUACACAUGUAUAUAAUAUACAUGCUCGGUUACUACAAUUCACAAGUAAGUGUAUCAUCCAAAUAAAAUUGUACAUAAUGUAAAGUUUAUGUUAAAAUUUAAAUGGUGAUAAUGAUAUUAACACAUGGAAAACCCAUUCUGGUUAUUGAUGGGAUGAUAUUUAUGUAAAGAGGGCACUGUUUUUCUAAAAAAAAUUAUCUCAGUUCUAGGGAGGAUAAUGGAGCCCAAGUGGGAUUUGGGUGUUGGAGUUCUUGGCCCCUUAUUAAAAAAAUAUAUAUCUGGGGUUAGGGGUGUGGGAUGUAUUCUGCUUACUUUUGCAGUGCUGAUACGGACAUGUAUGUGAUUUCUGUAAACCCAUCAAAGGGCGUAUUUCCUGUUUAAACUCCUCCUCUUCCCCCGCCCACACUCUUUCUGUGCCCGGAAGUACUCAGUAUAGUAUCAGCUAAAGGUGCCUGCCCAGAAGGGUCUUAGAAAGCCAGAACGUAUAGAACUACACCAAGGUUUGGCGGGCGGGGAAGGGAGAUGGGAAAAUUAAGAGAAAAUGAAAUUCCAAAGGGGCGGUAGUCAUCUGUAUAAGAUUGUCAGGUUGUCAGGUCUAGAACCCGAGACUUACUGGUCCAGUUCCUAGCUUGGUCCCCGUUUCCAGGCUAACUCGUUCCUAGGUUUCUCACAGGAGUGCUCCCCUGAGUACCUCUGGGAUCAGAGCCAGAGAACCUAAGAGAACUGACCUGGCUAUCUUUGCCUUUUGCCUUAUACAGACCCACGCAUCCCUCUCUGAAUGUGGUUUUCCUUUAAGCUCCCCAAAACCUCCUGCUUCAGAGUCCUGGAGAAGAGAAACUUUUUUUCAGGGACCUACCUGUUCCCUGGGAAGAGUUGAUAAGGGAUAUAGUUUAAAACCUCAAACCAAAGUUGAAAGCUGGCAGUGAUCACUGCGAUAAUAUUGUUAUAUUUCUCAUGAGCCAGGGAUGAACAUAGGACACUGAUUAGCUGAUGGAGCCUGACUGAGUAUCCACUCUCCUUUUAAGGACAAUUUGGGAUUGGGGAGCUGCAAAGGGAAUAGAAAGUACAGUCUCUUCCCAUAAGUAGUGUAUGGUCUAGAACUUCAGUUCCCUAAUGCAAAAGAUAGCUGAGGACCCAUGAAAUGCAAACAUAGACUACAUGAAAAAACUGGAAAUGAUAAAUAAAGUUUUUGUCAGGAGAUAAAAAUUUAUCUGAUUCCAUGCUCAAACAAACAAACUGACAGACAGUCCCUUCCCUAGGCUCACUCCCAAGUAACUUUAGAGAAUCUAGUUGUUGUUCCUGGAGAUGCCCUUGAUUAUUUCAACCUUCAAAGGCAGUACUUAGGGAACCCAGGAGCAUCUGAUCAGGUGAACAAACUUGCCCUUCUCGGGUUUCGCACAGGCAGCCUUGGAUCUGGUUCCAUUCAGUUCUCCAACCGUUGCCAAAUCAUGCCUCCUCCCAGCCCUGCUUUGUGACAUGUGCUUUAAGAAAAGGUUGUGGAAAAAAAUCCUCAAAGGAUUGGGAAAUAGACCAUGAUGUAAAAAGACUAUUUUCUGAAACCUUUUUUUGUUUGGUUUCGUUUUUGACUUGUGAAGAAUACUUUGGGUAGUUCAGGGUAUAAAUGUAUCAGGGAGGGAAGUAGAGAGAAUUCCUGUUGAGUCCCAAGUGCCUCGUGUUGUGGCUGGCGAAAGAGAACACAUCAGGUGCCUGGAGAGAAGAUGGGACAAGGAGAUGGCAAAAGGGGUCAAGGUGUGUUUCAGAAAGAUGGUGGGGUGGAAAGGGAGCUUAUUUUUUCUCUGUCCAUCCUAUUCUGUACGUUACUGGAACGUUGGAUUAUCUGUUCAUCCCAAGGACACACCUUGGUUCAGCACCUGAAUUUGGAAAUAUCAAAAUAUAUCUACAUUGAGUGUAGACUGUAUUCUAGGCGUGUCCUAGAAUGCAAUCCUCGAAAUAACCUUAGGAUGUUAAGUAUGAUUGCUCCCACUUUACAGAUAAGGAAACAGGCUCAGAUUGGUUUCAGCCUCAUCAGCCACAGAAUCUGCUAAUAAAUCUGUAAUAUUAGGCAUAGUCUCAAAGUGCCUGAUCUCCUCCAGGGAGGUCAGAAUAGAAGUCAGGAAAAGAGAUAUUCUGUUUUGAGGUCCCUGGGGCUAUUGCUUGAGUUUCAGCCUCUGUGGUGAGGAAGUUGGUUGGUGUCCUACCCCUCGUCGUCUGGUUUGGGGUGUGUUGAAAACUCCCGGGACCCCACCUCUGUUCAUGGUCCCUUCUGAGACUUGAAUGCUGUAUGUGUCUCUCCCCUGAAUGCUUGCACUCAGCACUUACUUUUUUUGGUUCCUGGGGAGUUAUUUUCUCUACUUAGCAUGUGCCUAAUCUUAAAUAUCCCCUUCCUAAUAUCUCUUCUCUUUCUUAGUAGACAUCAGGGAUAAUUCCAUUAAACAUAUGCAAACAAUAUGCUCUCACAUAUGUGCGGUUGCACACACACACACACACACACACACACACACACACUGCCUUGUGGCCCCCAUUAACGCUCUCCUAAACAUUGUGGCCCAUUUUCAGAAAGGGCAUGCUCUUUGCACCCUUCUGUUGCUUGUCUUUGCCAAGCAGACAGAAUGAGGUUCAGAGGUGUGACAGGGAAUUGAGAAUAAAGUUUUUGCAUAAAUGAUCAAGAGUUUGGUAAUCAGUAUGACUGAGGGGCAGCUAUUAAGAUUUUUUUUCCCUUCUUAGUCUGUUCUAUUUUUUUCAAAUUGUCUUAGAGAUACUUUCCUGGUCAUUGACAUCAAGAUAACUGUUGCACCACUGAAUGCUUGUUUGGUUUAUCUCAUUAAAGAAUUCCAAUUGGAAUAUUUCCACCAGGCUCUCUAGGAGUCUAAAAUGAUGUAGUGUGUAAUACACUGUGUACGCGAUGACCCUGAGGCAAUGACGCAUUCCGUUCUUGAACCCCCGCUCCCAUGUUCUAAGCCACACCUCUGUCUCCUGGCAUUUUAUUUACUGUGAGGUGGGACACAUUAGGACCAUUUUAUAGAUGAGGAAACUGAGCGGGGUUUGAAGGAAUGUUUCCCGGAGAGGUUCUGUGAUUCCACCCCCUCUGGGGGUCAUUUAACCUAAUGUAAGGUCGUCCUGGUCCCUGAGAAAUGCUCUAGCCCUUUAUAUCUUUCAAGCUGGCAGUAAAGUCUCUUAAGACAGAAAGGUUAUUAUUAUUUCAUAGCUAUUUUGAGAUCCUGUUGGGUCUACAAGUGCAUGACAACAUUCUCCCAGGGACGCUGAGCUUUGCAGAAACUGGAACACUCAAAAGAACAAUUUGGCCAGUGCUUCUCUCUUCACUGCGGCCGUAUUUCAAAGCACACAACUCUCCAGGGAGCAGGGACCAAACUGUUGAAAAUGGAGUCAUUUCUCAGAUUAACCUCCUCCAAAAAAGUGUCAUCAGUACAUAGAGACAAACAAGACCAAACAGAUUAUCACUCAUAAAUCCCUCUUAUCUACUACAUUUGUGAAACAAUGAGUUUGCGUUUUUGCAAUUCUGAGAACAUUCCUCAUUAGCAGUAGCCCUGGGUCAUAACCCCUUCCAGUUAAUUCUCUCUCACACCUUUGGGAAGGAUUUAAGAUGAGCCUUCAAAAGGAUAUUAAUAUAACAAGUAGCCAAUACCACAGCUGCCUUUUAAAUUAAUAAGGUUAAUUGUUCUCUAGCAAACAUAAGUUUGUCUUUGACAUUUUAAAUGCUUCUCAUUGAUCGGACAUUUUGCUGUUUCAAGCUUUUAAAGGGCUCAAAUCAAAGACUAUUGAUAGCUGAGCAAAUAGUGAAGGUCCAGAAAUAUAAAAACAUUGUCAAUUUUUCCGUGAAGAACAAUCAUAGGCUUUUGAAUUCGACCGAGGUUUUUACAUUAGCCAUCUAAGACUUAUUGAAUUAUUUCUAUUCUCAGUUAAGCUAAUUCAAACAAAUGAACAGUAUUGACUUUUCAAAUCUUUAUUUUUUUUAAUCUUUAGUUUAUAAAGUUUGUAGACACAGCUCUGAGGCCAUGACCAUUAAGUAAAUGUUCCAGGGUAGAAACUAAAGAUUCAGAUGACCAUUUGGGGUCAAAUUCAGGUGAUCAUCUUUGAAAAUCCUGAUGGAUUUGGGAAGAUGAAAGUGGCACUUGUAACAUUUAUGUUUCUCAAAUUUUUCCCCGGGAAAGGAUGUCAAUUAUUUAUUUUUUUUCAAAUAAGAAAUUAGGUCAAGAGUAACAUUUUCAUAGAAAAUUCAGUAAGCUACUCAAUACAACUAAUUACAUGGCUAGAUAUGGCUCAGAUGCCUUCCAAGCCUGAGGGUCCCAAAAUAUUUCUUUAACAGUUGUUUUUAACUCUGAAUCUUAAUCUUGUUCAUUCCCUUGCUAAAACAAAUUUAAAAGCAUAUACUUUCCAGAUUAUGUAGUCGGGAUAAUUCAAUGUAGUAUAUCACAAUAGAAUGUGCGUAUGUUUAUGUAUAGUCUAUAUAUUUCAAGCUGAAUAUUCAGAAAGCAUUAGGUGAGUUAAUUGGUGGCUUGAAAAAGAAGCAGAUCAUAAACAUCGUAAAUAAUGGCCUUCUCACCCAGAAAAAGAGGGUAAACUGUCCGUCUUUCAUUCGUGUUAUAAGACUCGUUGCAUAAUAAUACACAAGCUGGUCAUUACUCACAAGAAAGGAAUUGAAUUAAGCAGCUUGAAAGGUCCGUGUCUGAGUUCAUUUUUAACCCAACAUGGAUGGGUUUGAAGUCCUUGUGCAGAGGGUUUCCAUUCACAGCUACAUUCAAACAGUCUAAAACCCACAUCAGAACUGGCUCGGUCUCUUGUAUGGAGGAGCCCCAAGCAAGCUGUGUUCUCUACUCAGUGGUUUUCAUCUGGGAAUAAGAUGUUCACUUACCAACCGUAACAGUUUAUACCUGUCAUGUUUUAAUCCACUGCAUGAGGAAGUGCUAAUAAGUGUAUUAAAUAUUUCCAAGCAUAGCUACAAAAUUAUACGUUUGCUUAACACCUUUCUAUGAUAGAGGAAGUAUAUACUAUGGUUGUCUCCUUGUAGUACGUCUUUUAUUUUUGUUCAGCGUGUUAUCAGCUGUCUUAAGGAAUGGGGAUUGAAAUAUGUGUGCAAACUGAUAUGUACAUAACUCCCGAGGCAACAAAAGUGCCCAGUCAUAUCGUGUAAAAAUGUAAAUACAGGAGAAUUUCAUUUUUCUAAUAAAGAUAAUUUCUGCCAAUUGAUAUGAAAAUGAGAAA